UCCAAUAAAUAAAAAAAAAAAAAUCACCCCUAUGGGAUGAUUGUUUGAGUAUGCUCCCUCAAGAGCACGAAAUCCUUUGGCUUUCUUGUAAUUUACGCCGAAGACAGAAACCUCACCCACCCUCCUAUUCAACGUCCAAACUCCAUGCGUUAUCCACAAGGCAAAAUGAGGCGGAAAUCACCACCACCAAGACCUGCUGCAACUCUCCCCUCCCUCACUCUCAUCCUCUUCUCUCUCCUCACCACCACCACCACCACCACCACCACCAGUUCUCUCUCGACAAUCACCUCUUCUCUGUCUACCAACGCCUCAAGCCAGCAGCUACAAUUUCUGAAAUGCCUCUUUCUCACAUCUCCCACCCCAAUCCCCACCACCAACCCACUGCUCACCCCUUCUCUCUCCUCCCCCUACCAACCCAUCUUCGUCCUUCACCCCAAUACCUUCGACCACGUCGAGGCCACAGUGAAAUGCGCCAAAGCACACCAUCUCCAAAUCCGAACCCGGAGCGGUGGUCAUGACUACGCGAACCUGUCAUCGGUUUCUCUCUCUGUCAAGCCCUUCUUAGUCCUGGACCUAGCCAACCUCCGAGCCAUCACCGUCGCUCACGAUCGCACCAACCUAGCCAUGUGGGUUCAGGCUGGUGCAACACUGGGUGAGCUCUAUCAUGCAAUCUUGACGCACGCCCCGAACCAUGCCUUCCCUGCAGGGCUAUGCCCAACUGUUGGCGUUGGCGGACACAUUAGUGGCGGUGGUUUUGGCCUCUUGGUUCGCAAGUUCGGGCUCGCAGCCGACAAUGUUCUGGAUGCCCUAAUUGUUGAUUCGAAAGGGAGAAUUCUCAGCAGAGAAACCAUGGGUGAGGAUCUCUUUUGGGCCAUAAGAGGAGGAGGAGCUGCGAGCUUUUGCAUUGUGCUCUCAUGGAAGCUAAUGAUACACCCUGUACCUGAAAUUGUAACCAUUUUCAAUAUCCACAAAACCCAUGAUGAGAGAGCCAUUGCACUCAUUCACAAAUGGAACCUCAUAGCCUACAAGCUCCCUCGAAACCUCUUCAUUAGAGUACUCCUGCAACGCUUGCCUGCGAAAAAGGGCGGGACUGCCAUUACAACAACAUUCCAGUCUCUUUACUUGGGAAAUUAUAGCAAGCUUAAGGGUGCCAUGAACCAGUGGUUCCCUGAAUUAAGGUUUUCUCAGUCGGAUGCCAUGGAGAUGAGCUGGAGACAAGCUGUGCUGUUCUUUUCAGGCUACAAGAACGCGACCUCCAUUGAUGUGCUUCUGGAUCGAGUAAACAAGGAUCAUCUGGGCUUUAAGGCGAAGUCUGAUUAUUUGACGAGACCGAUGCCAAAGAGAGGAUUACAGGGGCUAUGGGAAUGGAUGGAGAAAGAGGAGAAACCAUUCGUCAUCAUCGAUCCUUAUGGCGGAAAAGUGGCGGAAAUUGCAGAAGACGAGACGCCAUUUCCACACAGAGCAGGGAGCUUGUAUAACAUACAGUACAUUCUAAAAUGGGAAGGUGAAGGCGCGGAAGAGAAGAAGAAGCAUGAAGAGUGGAUAUGGGGUUUGUAUAACCACAUGGAGAGAUAUGUUUCGAAGAAGCCAAGGGCUGCCUAUUUGAAUUACAGGGACCUUGAUUUGGGCAUUAAUGGCCGUUUUGGGGGAUAUGAGGAGGCUAGGGUUUGGGGUGAGAAGUAUUUUAAGGGGAAUUUCAGGAGGUUGGCAAUGGUGAAGGCAGAGGUGGACAGUGGGGAUUUCUUUUGGAACGAGCAGAGCAUCCCGCCUCUAAGACCUUGAGCAACCUCCUCCUUACACAAGAAAACUCUUUAUAAAAAAUAUUUUAUCUAGACCCUCUAUUUUUUAAUAUUUUUAAGUAUUUUGCUACCUAGUUUCUCGAGCUUAAAGUUUUUGUAAUUGGGGGUAAAAAAAACUUCCUAAAACUGCAUCAUUUUGCCCAGUUUGGCUAAAAA